GCGAAACAACCGUGCGAAUUGUGCUUUCCUCUAGUGGUGCAGCGUAACACUGUUGGACCACAAUUAGCUAAAGCAAAAUUCAUAUUUUCUUCUAGCAUAAUAUUUUUAUUCAGCUACAGUUGACGAAAAAAGCUAGCAAAUAUAAAUAUUGCUUGCGUGUGUUAAUAAAAGAAGUGUCGCACGACGCCAGCGUCGUUGACGGCGACGUUCAGAAGCGAACUGUUACAGCCACCAGCAAGGCAGGUAGGCAGGCAGUCAGUUAGCCAAACUGCGCUGUGGAAAAUCAUAUAAAAAUAUUUUUUUAGAAAAUAUAAUAAAUUUAAAUUGGCAACGCUUAAAUAAAGCAAAAACAAUAUAAUAAUAAGAGCUGCGAGUAAUACAAUAAAAAUUCAACUGAAAUUCAAUUGACGUACGUUGUUAUUGUUGGUUGGAGGCAGUGAUGGAGCUGUUAGGCAAGCAACAACUCUAACAACGACAACAGCAGCGACGACUGAGUCAACGGUAACGACAACGACGACAGCAACGUUGCGACUAGCUGCUAUUCGAAACUAAAAGCAACAGUAACAGCAAAAACAAUAACAAUAGCAACAGUGACAGCAGUGCUACUGCCUAUACCAGUAGUGUCAGUGGCGUUGGCGUUGGCGUUGACGUUGGCAGCGUACGUAGACGUAGCAGCGGCGUAGCUGUGACUGUGGCGACAACGUUCUUUGUAACAAGCUCGUGGAUUUGUUGUUUUUGUUGAAAACAUUUAUCGAUCACGCGUCAAACGAAACGGAGCACUCGCUCGGCUAACACACAUUUGUAUAAUGUAAUAUGGUUGUAUAAAACAAACAUUAAAAAACAAGAAAAUUAAAUAUUCAUUGUCAAAAGGCAAAACGGAAACUUUGCGGUCGUGUAGAACAAAACGGAAAAUCGAAAUAUAGCAAAAUAACACAAAAACAAAACGGUGCAAAACGCUAACACACCACAUUCGACAAGCGGAAAAUGAGCUAUUAAAGUGCAUAUAGGCGGAGGAGGCAGCGUGAAGCAAAAGGAAAUAUACAAAUUAAUGCAUUUGCAAAUUUCUAAUGUGAAGUCAUUUAUGUAUGCUUGUAAAUGCAAUACAUUUUGACGAAUGUUAACCAACUAGCACAACUGCAAACCAAAACAACACACGUCCACAACUCAGCACUGAAACCAAAAACAAUAAGGAAUAGUGCUGGUACAACAACUUGAACCACAACAACAAAAACAUUUUCGUCGCAUUACGCAUUUAAACUUGAAUUAAAAUUUCUAUUGCAAACGCUUAACACGUUGCAAGUACAAAACUCGUGCAGUUGAAGAGCAAGGUUGAAAGGAAGACUGCAUAUUUUGUUGUAAAAAAGAGAAAAAAAUACCAACACGUUGAAUGCACGAAAGCCUAAGGUAAAGAGUGUUAACGGUUCUGUGCAUUUUCAUUUGCUGUCAAUGCAAAUUGAAAGCAAAAAAGACAAAAAAUAGCAGACAAGAAAAAGAAAAUUCAAAAAAGAAAUUAAAAAAAAUAAUAUAUGCAAAAAAAUACAACAAAGACAAAAGUGCAGAUACGCCCCAGCGUUUAAGUAUUUCAAUAAUAACAAUAACAAAGCGCAUACUAUAAACACAAGUUGCAGCGCGCAAGCAGCUGAGCAGAGUCAAAAGCGUAGAUAAAUGAAAAAUAAAUACUCAAAAAGUUACAUAUAAUCAUAUAGAAGAAGACCACAUAGCAGCAAACAGCAAAUGACAGCUGGUGCUGCACAUUGGCGAGCAAAGAAUAGGGAAAAAAUACAGGAAAAGCGUUUUUGAGGAAAAACGGCAAAGUGUAACAAAGAAAAUACUCAUGAACACAUAUGUAUAUAUGUACAUGCAUAUAAACAAAAACGUGUAGAAAAUAAGCUAUAUAUUAUAGGCGUUAAAAAGCUUGGAGAAUAUAUUUAUUCAAAUAAAAGCAAUAUUACGAUUUACUACGCAGCAAAAAGCACUGAUUUCAAUUAAAACAAAAAAAUCAAAAAUUAAAGAAAUUGUAGGUGAAACAUUAAACAAUUGCAUUACUCGCUGAAUAUCCAACUCAAGUAAACGUGAUUAUACAGAAUAGCAAGUAAAAACAAAUUUUUCGAAAAUAUUUCAUUACAAAUUUUUAGCCACACAAGUGACACUCUCAUUGAAAACGCGCGCGUUUUUCUUUAGCUUUGCUUUGCAAACUUAUAUACUUACAAAACAUGUGUUUAUAUAUAUUUAAAAAUAGAGAAUAAUAUAAAUACAAAAAUAAGUAGUUUAGUGUUACCUGAAUUGUUGAAAAUUCUGCUUCUCCGGUAGCACAUACAGUGUAAAUUUAUUAAACACAAACACAAAAAAAGAAACUUGCUCAAGUGCAUUGCAUAGUUACUGCAGCGCAUAACAAAAAAAAAAAGCAUACGAACAUAUAGCCAAAGCGUAUAAAACAAAAACAUCAUUGAAAUAAAACGAAACACACACACGAAAAAGUGUCAUUCCAUUCGAUAACGUCAACAAAACAAAGUGUAAAAGAAUAUCAAGAAAUUAUCAAAUAAAUAAUAUCAAUAGCAAGCAAAAAUUCAUAGCCAAACGCGCUCUCGCACUCACGCCGCGUGCUAGCAGCGCAACCAAGAGCAGAGCGCACAUUCUAUAACGAAACUGUCAUACGUUCGGUGCUCGCAUUACGCUCGCCGCUCAGCCACUCUUGAAGGCGAAUUACGACGACUACUAUAGCCACUGAGUCUACUCAUCAUCAUCAGAGCACACGGCAGUUGUGCCGCGCGUUUUUGUCUUUGCCAUUGUGGUCGUAGUCGUCUUCGCCAACGUUAUCGACAGAGAGCAGAGAGCAUACUGUUGUUGUAGCGGCCCACCACCCAUCAAACGACCGACAAGCCGACAAGCUAACCAGCCAGACAAGUAACUAACAGCGCGAGCGAACAAACGUGCAGAGUUAAUGUGUGACAGCGAGUCAGCCAACCGCCAGCAGUCAGCAGUUAGCACAGCAGUCUGCGAAGAUAAAGCUUAAACAGUGCCGAAAUCCAAAAGGAAGAAAUUCUUAAAUUAAUAUUGAACUUUGCUGAACCGCGACAAUUGACCAUCAAUAAUCGCGGUGGUCGCAAGUUCUCGAGCGCACUUACAAUAAGAAUUAAAAUAAAAUGAAAUAAGAAGUUAAAAAAUAUAAAAUAAAACAACACGCACAUCAAAAACAAAAAUAUUCGCCUAUAAUCGUACGUGGUAGAGAAAAAAGUGAAAGUCAAAGCAGAAGGAAAAAAGGGACGAAAAAACGUGUAGUGUAGUUGACAAAAUAAAGGCAGCAAACCAAAAAUUUUUUUGCUCGUGAUGUAGUGGUGAAGAACGGCAAGCAGAAAGAAAGCAAGCGAAAAAAAUAAAUAACUUCUGAAGAGCAACUACGGCUACGAAGUGUAAUAAAAUACUUAAAAGUGACUAUAAAAACAUAAAAGAAAAAAGCAUAAGUGAAGUUAUUGUGUUGAAGCAAAAAAUACUUGGAACACCUAACAACUACCUAACUUCGUUAGAAUACGCCACUUAACCUCCAACUUUGUAGCAAUAAGAAAAACUAGUAUUAAAAAUAAAAAUAUGGGUGAUACAAAUGCACUGGGUUCCGGUACGCGUCUACGUAAAUUCGAUCGUACAGACAGUGAAGUUGCAUGUGAAGAAGCCGCGCGCCUUACCGCCGACCUGCAGGAAGGCACCGUCAGUCCGGACGAUGAGGAUGAUCUCAGCGAAUACGGCGAGCUGCCACCACCGCCAGACGGCGGUUACGGUUGGGUCAUCUGCUUUGCGUCGUUUAUGUGCAACAUGAUUGUUGACGGUAUCGCGUACACGUUCGGUAUAUUCCUUGGUGAAUUCGUCGAUUAUUUUGGUGAAGGCAAAGGCAAAGUGGCCUGGGUAGGCAGUUUACUGAGUGGUGUUUAUCUGAGCGCUGGUCCAAUUGUGUCCGCGUUAGCGAAUAAAUAUGGUUGCCGUGCAGUAUGCAUUGCCGGUAGCGUUGUGGGUUGUAUUGCAUUCGUACUGAGCACGAUGAGCACGUCCAUUAACAUGCUGAUGCUAACAUACGGUGUGAUCGGAGGUUUCGGCUUCGGUAUGAUUUACCUGCCUGCGGUUGUGGCUGUCGGUUAUUAUUUUGAAACGAAACGCUCACUGGCCACGGGUAUUGCGGUAUGUGGCUCUGGUUUCGGUACGUUCGCCUUCGCGCCAUUAGCUACGUAUUUGUUGCAGUUGUAUGGCUGGAAGAAUGCACUACUCAUCUUCGCGGGUCUCAUUUUGAAUUGUGCCAUAUUUGGCGCUAUGAUGCGUCCACUCACCUACCCCAAAAAGAAGAAGGUUAAACCGCUCAUGCAGCGUAUGUACGAGGAGAAGCAAUUGCAAUUGGAACGUGGUUCAAUUGCUGGUUCACAUUUCAUGGUACAGCUGCCGGACGGCACCAUGGAGCGUAAGCUGAAAAUGCCACUCAAUGCCGAUCCCGGUGUACACUCUAGUCUCAAUUUGGAAUUGCUCGCCCAACAGGGUUCAUUACAUCCCGUCUCAACCCUACCAACUAUAACCGAAGCAAAGGUGGUCGAAUAUCAAACUGGCGCACAAAGUCCACCAACUGUCGAUAGCAAUGGACAACUGGAUGUGAAGCGUAGCGGUAGGCGUUCACAUCGUAAUUCGGAAACCGAGACCAGCCCUUACAACUCUGUGGAUGCAAUGACACGCAAUGCCUCACAGCCCGCCUUUAUGGCAGACCAUCAAAGUCUUCCAAAGAAUGGUUCGGUGCCUUCUUUUAAUCGUGUACGCAAGACGUCAGCCAGCGAACGUUUCCAGCCAUCCUUAGCUGCCAUACGUGCAUCAUCGCGCGGCGAUCUCGACAGCAAUGGUGUUGAAAUGGGAUUUACCUCAUCGAAAAUAUCGCUCUCACAGAGUCAGUCCAGUGGCAAAAUGGUACGUCCAAUGUCACGUAAAGAUAUCUUCUACUCCGGAUCUGUGACAAAUCUGCCACAAUACCAGUCGCAAAAAUCGCUCACGAAUUACCGCAACUCCGUGCUAUCGUUAACCAAAUAUGAAAAGAGCAUGCAAAGUGUACGUGUACAUGAUCCGUUGGCUGAAGCUGAAAAAGGACGUGGACAAUACGAUCUUUGUCCCUGUCUCACCAUACCAGACUCUAUUAAAUCCGUAUUCAAUACAAUGUUGGACGUCAGCUUAUUGAAAGAUCCAGUUUUUAUGCUUAUCGGCGUCUCCAAUAUAUUCGGCAUGGCCGGUUUGUACGUGCCAUUUGUGUAUCUCGUGGAUGCGGCUAAAAAAGACGGCAUCGAAGAUAGCUCAGCAUCAUUUCUACUCUCAAUUAUCGGCAUAACAAACACCUUUGGCAGGGUAAUUUGCGGUUAUGUGGCCGAUUUUCCCAAAGUCGACUCACUAUUUCUCAACAACAUUUGCCUACUCAUUUCCACGGUGGCCGUUACAUUAACACCGCUUUGCUCCUCCUACGGUGCCUACGUGACCAUGUCCAUUUUCUUCGGUGUCGCCAUCUCCGGUUACAUUUCACUCACGUCAAUUAUACUCGUAGAUCUAUUGGGACUGGACAAGCUCACCAACGCCUUCGGCUUGCUGAUUUUAUUCAGAGGUUUUGCCGCCAUAAUUGGAUCGCCACUAGCUGGCGCUGUUUACGAUGCAACCCAAAGCUAUGAUUUGCCAUUCUAUAUGGCGGGCGGUUUAUUUGCGCUAUCCACGAUCACCAGCUUUAUGGCGCCAUGCCUGAAACGUUGCACCACCUCCGAUGAAACACCAAUGCAGAUUGAUACGCUAACACCAAUCGAUGAGGAGCAAGGUGAAGAGGCGGAAGAUGAAGAGGACCAGCCCAUAACGAUUGUACCGAAAAUUGUGAAAACUCUACCCAGUCCACAACAUGAGGAGACGGACAGAGGAUUUCCAAGUGAAACAAAUAAAAGUGGCGCCGAAUCCAAGUUAUAAAGUGGUAAAUAAUACAAACAAACGCCAGCUGGGCGUUAGAAUAUUUUGUUGAAAAUUUUUUUGCGUAAUAGGUUAGAUGAAAAUGCCACAUAAAGUGAAGAAUGAAAGUGUUACAGGGGUAACACACACAGACACACAAUUGCGAAUGUGUGUGCGCAGUCAAGACUACAAAAAACCAGAGCGAUAUUUUUUUUAUUAACUAACCAUUAUUAAGCUUAAAAAGUGAAAAAUCAAUUAUAACAGUAAUAAAAAGAUCAACAAAUAAAUGCAGAACUUAUUCAACACUUAGGCUAAUUUUAAAUGCAUACACAAGCACACACAUACACAAUACACGCAAACACACAAAUUUAAAAGUCUAGCUUUGUAGCUAAUUAAUAAUUUAUAUUAUUAUAUAAUGCUAAUUGAAAUAGCUAAACGAAACAAUAAGCUCGCAAUAUAGCUAAAGGGUUAACUUAUAAGUAAACACCUAUAAAUCGAAGCCCAAACGCGUAUAGAGUUCGUAAUCUAAGCAAAAUGUACCAAAAAAGUCGAACCAAAACAAAAAGCAAACAAAAAAUUAUUAUGUAUUGUAGAUAUGUACUGGAAUGUACGCAAGAUUUUAAUGUGAAUGCAAAACGAAAAAUGUUAAACAAUUAUUAUUUGUUGUUAUUAAGGAAAAUGCUGCAUUAUUAUAUGCAUAUGUAUGUAAAUGUGAAUUUGUAAGGCAAACCAUGCAAUUUGUAAAGUGUGAGAGAGAUUAGAAACGCGAGCAGUGUAGGAAAAUCAAGCGACUCGCAAAAAAUCCUUUUUAAUCGGUAAUGUACUUGAAACUUAUGUGUACAGUGCUAGGCAUACUAAAUAUGUAAAAUAUGUAGAAAACGAGAGUGAAUGCGAUUGUGAAGCAAAAAUAUAGUAUUGUUUACAAAUCAACUCAAAACUCUAUAUUUAUACGUUAAUGUGUAAAUAAUUUCGAUUCAAUGAAACAAUAAAACAAAACACUGUUAACUCGUUACAAACGA